UAAAUUUGUGUACCUAAGAAUUGAUCCUUAAUUAAGAGGAUUAUGAGACUGAUCCUUAGUGCGCUGGCAUGACGCUAUUGGUUCUAGAGUUCCUUGUCUCUUUCUUCCUCUCGUUGAAUUUUUCUCAGAAAUUUGGUUUGAUCGACGAAGAGAAAAAAAAAAUGGGGCAACAGCAAUCGAAAGAGGAAUUGCUGUUUCAGCAAGUGAGAUACAGUAAGGCUGAAGGGAUCGAUCUCUUCGUCGCGAAGGAGCUGACCUCGAGUGGAUGGAUAGAGAAGGCAAAACGCCUUUGAUAAUGGCUUGCAUGAACUCCGAGCUUUACGAUCCAAGACUUUGAUCGAGUUGGGUGCUACUGUUAAUGCUUAUCGUCCUGGUACGACUUGAAUCAAAUGUGAGUUUAGUUGUUGCGUCUUUGUCUUAUAUGACUUAAUUUUGAUGUUUGGUAGCAAAUCCACUUGUUCUCAAUGAUGAUUGUCGAAUAUGCUUUCUUCUUCUCUUUCGUUUAUUCCUUUCUUCCUUCACAGAUAAUUGGGAUAUUACUAUUGGGUUCACUUUCCAUCACCAGAGCUGAUUGUUAUUCCUUUCUUCCUUCACAGAAAUCAAAGACGUUUUUAGUCUUUUUGCAUUUGGUAGAUAAGUUCAAAACAUAUGCAUUUCACAUUAUAACUUUUUAACUCAAUGCAAUUGACAAUAUUAUUUCACUUCUAAACAUAUGCAUUUCACACUAUAAUUUUUUUUUUCCUAAAGAUUCCUAAAUGGAGUACACCAUUGGACUGACUUUUUAGAUUAUAAUCCUUAACUCUUCAAAAAAGAAAAAAAAUUAUUAAAGUAAAACCUAAGGACUCCAAUUGUAGUCUCACCAUUGGAGAUGCUCUUAAGUUAAUCACAAUGAGAAGGAAGGUAUUUCAGUAAAUAAAAAAUACGUAUACCGUCUACGUAUGGUCAAGCUCUAUCUUCUGCUCACUAUAUAUAACCUCAUCUUCCCCACAAAACAUCACACACAACAAACAAAGAAUAAACUACAAAAAGCUUGAAAACUUUUUUUUGUUUUUGCUAAAGAAUAACUUGAGAGAUCUAUUUGCAAACUAAGAAGAUAUGGGAAACAGUUUACGGUGCUGUUUGGCUUGUGUACUUCCAUGUGGAGCUUUAGAUUUGAUCCGAAUCGUACAUCUCAACGGCCACGUCGACGAAAUAACUCGUCCAAUGACCGCGGGAGAGAUCCUUCAGGCGAAUCCUAAUCAUGUCUUAAGCAAACCAUGUUCUCAAGGAGUUGUUCGUAAGAUAUUGGUCUUGUCUCCUGAAUCUGAGCUUAAGCGUGGAAGCAUCUAUUUUCUUAUACCGCAUACUUCCUUGCCGGAAAAGAAGACGAGAAAUAACAAAAAGGAUCGUCCACGUCGGAAAAGGCCUCUUGAAAACGCCAACGAUAGUAAUAGUGAUCAUAUGGUAAGUACUACUAAUAAUAACGAUCUUGAUUUGACGUUGUGUGAGAAAUAUUUGGAAGAUGUUAUGCUGUCAUCGUCAGAGAAGCAUUGUUCGGCCGGUAAAGAGAACCGUCACCGUCGGAGACAUAGUCGGUCGGCAUCGGUGUCCAUGUGGCGGCCUCACCUUGAUAGCAUCUCUGAGGAUCUUAACUAGUGUUUGUUUUCUUCCUUCGUUAAUGAUGUCUCAAUUUUCUUUAUUUUUUAUUAACAUCCCCGGCGAGAAUAUUUUCAUUUUUUUGGGGAUGAAGUUAAAAACAAAAACUUUGUAAUGUACUACUGUGGAUAAGAUCUAUGUUAAAUUGAAAAUCUAGUUUUGGUCGUCCGUGACAAUAAGGACAAGAUCAAAUGAUGAUUACUUAUGAAA